AUCAAGACCAUGCACGCAGGUGUUGUGUGCGUCGGAGUGCUGGCGCAUGCGUUCACAGCGGCGUGGAUUGCGUACACGGUCGUUGCCCCCGGCCUCGGUUGGUCGCUCGUCAGCUUCUCGGUGCACAACACAUUCGACAGCGAGCCCCCUACGUCGGUCUCGAUUGCUUUCUCACCAAAGGAAUACUGCCUCACGACGCUACAGCACGGCGAAGCGUCCAAAGUUUGUCUUGCGUACGGCGCCGACGCGCUGCAUACGACGUUGGACCCACGCCUGCUGGAGUUUGUCGCCUCGACGUGGUGCGGGUGCUCUGUGAGCCGUCGGUUUGACAUUGGAGCGACCAUGAAGCACGCUGUUUGCUCUGUCGUGAUGAGCGCGUGCCACUACACAAUGGUGUACGUCCUCGCACCCACCGCGCUUCUCGCGGCCGUGCUCUACGUUGCGAGCCUUGUCUACUUCAAGGAAGAAAACAUCGUCGGCAAGAUGCUCGGCGCUCUCAAUGUCAUGAUCCUUAUCGGAAUCCUCAUGAUUCUUGGCACAUGGCUGGCCUUUGACCGGCAGUCGUACCUCGGCACGACGCAGCACCUCGGCGCGAAGACGCCGGCGUGGCUCUACGGCGAAGCGAUCUACGGUCUCGGUGUCAGUGUCGUCUGCCUUUGCUACUGCGUGUGGUUGAGCUCUGUCGUUGUCAAGUCUCAAACUCUCAAGUACAUCAACCGGCGCCACCUGCGCGAGCUCAAGCGGUCGCCUUUGACGUGCCCCGCAAAUUAUGCUUAGGACAUUCCCACGCAUCAAGUAACAAACCACUUCAGUCUCUAGGUUGUCCGGUAGGAACUAGCAGGGAUGCCGC